AUGAACACGGACGAGCGCUACAAGCUCCUCCGCAGCGUCGGAGAGGAGUGCGUUCAGGAAAGCGAGCUGCGAAACCUUAUCGAAAAGAAGCCGCUUAUUCGCUGCUACGACGGCUUCGAGCCCUCCGGCCGCAUGCACAUUGCCCAGGGUGUCUUCAAGGCAGUAAAUGUCAACAAGUGCACCGCCGCCGGGUGCGAGUUUGUCUUCUGGGUGGCGGACUGGUUUGCGCUCAUGAACGACAAGGUCGGUGGCGAACUGGAGAAGAUUCGCGUUGUCGGCCGGUACCUUAUUGAGGUGUGGAAGGCGGCGGGCAUGGAUAUGGACAAGGUUUUGUUUCUCUGGAGCAGCGAGGAGAUCACGAGCCACGCCGACACGUACUGGCGCAUGGUGCUCGACAUUGGCCGCCAGAAUACGAUUGCCCGCAUCAAGAAAUGCUGCACCAUCAUGGGCAAGACGGAAGGCACGCUGACGGCGGCACAGGUGCUGUACCCGCUGAUGCAGUGCUGCGACAUCUUCUUUCUCAAGGCCGACAUCUGCCAGCUAGGCCUGGACCAGCGCAAGGUGAACAUGCUCGCACGCGAGUACUGCGACCUGAUCGGCCGCAAGUUGAAGCCGGUCAUUCUGUCACACCACAUGCUGGCCGGUCUGAAGCAGGGGCAGGCAAAGAUGAGUAAGAGUGAUCCGGACAGUGCCAUCUUCAUGGAAGACACCGCGGAGGAUGUGGCACGUAAGAUCCGUCAGGCCUACUGUCCGCGCGUCAAGCAGUCCGCCACCGCCAUCACAGAUGACGGGGCGCCGGUCGCCACGGACGACCGCAACCCGGUGCUGGACUACUUCCAGUGUGUCGUCUACGCCCGACCCGGCGCUGCGGCCACUGUUGACGGCACCACGUACGCGACCUACGAGGACCUCGAGCAGGCUUUUGUGAGCGACGAGGUCAGCGAGGAUGCCCUUAAGUCGUGCCUGAUUGAUGAGGUGAACGCCCUGCUGGAGCCGGUGCGCCAACAUUUUGCGUCAAACAAGGAGGCUCACGAGCUGCUGGAGGCGGUCAAGUCGUACCGAAAGGAUGGGGCGACGCUUCCACUGGCCGAGACAGCGCUCCCUGCCGCCCCCGAAAAGCCGCACGCGUGCAUGUGGAUGCCGGCACUGCUGAAAGUGCCGCUGGAUGUCGCGGAGGGGAUGAUCAAAGCCACCAAGGACUUCAUCGCCGCACACCCGGAAGGCGUGGUGACACUGGUGCUGCCGGACUGGUCGGCAGUGGCCAGUGACGAAAUCACCGGGGUGGAGAAAGAUGUCUCGGCUGCCCUGCAGGUGAGCUGUGCACUUCUCAAGGCGUAUGGACUGCCGAGCUCGGUAAAGAUCGUGACGGAGAACGAGGUCAUUCUCGGCAACCGAAACGACUUCUGGGUGACCGUAAUUGGCAUUGCUCGCAAGAACCGGCUGAGCCACAUCGAGGAGCUGUACGGGGGAGAGGUGCGCAACACCGGUCAGGUCAUUGCUGCCCUCAUGCGCGUUGCCACAGCUCUGAUGCUCUCUGUCUCGCACGUCAUCUCAACCUCGCUGGAUGGGCACAUCAACGCCUUCGCCCGCGAGUACACGAAGGAGCGCAUCGAGUGCGUGCAGACACUGGAGGGACGCAUCCCGGCGCUGCACCGCCCUGGCGCUGCCCCGGCGGUGCUCGGUGCCGACGACGUCCUAUACCUGGACGACAAUGACAUGGACAUCCGCCGUAAAAUCAAGAAGGCGUACUCGGCGCCGAAUGAGGAGGCCAACCCGGUCAUAUCGGUCGCUCAGCACCUUCUCGCACAACAUGGAGCCCUCAGCAUCGAGCGCGGGGAGGCCAACGGUGGAAACGUAAGCUACAACACGCCAGAGGCCCUCAUGGCAGACUGCGGCAGCGGUGCUCUCCACCCCGCCGACCUCAAGGCGACGGUGUUGCAGCUUCUGCUGGACCGAUCGGCGGAGGCACGCGCGCUGCUCAACGGCGAGCUCAAGAAGAAUAUAACCGUUCUUCGCAACGCGGAGAAGAAGAUGGCAAAGAGGAGGUAA